CAGGGAGGCAUUAUGGAGUUAUUAGCUGUGAGGGAUGCAAGGGAUUCUUCAAGAGAUCCAUCCGGAAGCAGUUGGGAUACUCUUGCAGAGGGAACAAGGAUUGUGAAGUCACCAAGCAUCAUAGGAACAGAUGUCAGUUUUGCAGGCUGCAGAAAUGCUUGGAAAUGGGCAUGCGAAGUGAUUAUGUCGCUUCCUCGCCUCCCCCCAACAGUUCGCUCCUACGGGACCUUGGAACCCGCAGCACCGCCUGAAGCCGCCACGAUCACCUCCCAAUCUCGUCGCUCAGUUCAGGUCAACGGACAAACGGCGUCCCAUGGCUGCGCCACCGCCACAAGCACGACCACUAUGACCGCCACUGCAAUGGAUAACACGCCGGUCAAGUCGGAGCGGUUUCCGGCGGCGUCCACGUCGCCGCCAUGCCCGUCUCUCCUGCGCAACAAUUCACGCUCUAGCGGCGGCGGUGUUAGUCAACACCAUCAUCGUGUGACGAAGGCGGAGGCCGCCGUUUUUCUCGGCGCCGCCGCCUCGCUACUGAGCAACAACAACAACAAUAAUAAUAAUUCGGCGGAUUUCAAGUUUAAUAAGUCGACGACGGACUUGGGUGGAGACUUGUCCCUGCAGGACAGGUUGAACAGUUUGCUGGAACCUGCGAUUGUUGUUACGGGUCGAGAUUCUCGCCUCGGAGAUUUCCCAAAACGCAAAUCCUCCUUGUCAGCUGUAGCUGGAGAAGUUCCCAUGGCGAAUGGGAUUGAAGGGCUGGAGAAGAAGAGCAGGAGGCAAGCAAGAGUGUUUGAGGACCUGGAAAAACUGAAAGACGCGGCUGCAUUGGAAGAAGUGGAUGUGGUGUCAGAAGAAGAUGAAGAGGACUUCAUUUCCUCCUGCUCUGCAUCCUCGACAUCCUCUCACGACGAAUACACUGCCGAAUUGCAAAUGGCGUCUGUCUUGGGCCCCAGUGCUGUAGGAUUUGACCUGAGGCCCGUGUCAGGGAUGCCCGCCCAGCUCGACGUGCCUGCCAUCUAUGACGCUGCUUCCAGGAUGCUGUUUCUCAGUGUUACCUGGGCCAAGAGGCUGCCUGCUUUUGCUGGGAAAACAUUGGAUGAACAUGCUGCUGUGAUGCGCAGGUGUUGGUGUGAUCUGUUCAUGCUUGGGGUUGCUCAGAGGCACAGGGAGAUGCAGUUUGGAGAAAUCUUGGCAGCUGUGUCACCCUUGCUGGAGAAAGCUCACAGCAAGGACAAAAUCACUGUGGAAAAGCUGAAAGAAGUGACGGAGCAUCUGCUGAAAAUGCGGGCAUUUGUGAUGGCGAUGAACCAAAUGCGGGUUGAUGAUGUGGAAUUCGCUUUCCUCAGGGCCCUGGUGCUAUUCAGUGUUGAUGAGACAGUGUCAGACCCAGGCAGUCAAACUUGGCAAGUCCUCCAGGGUCUGCAAGCCCACUUCGCACGCUCUCACCCACAGAGACGCGACCUGGCUGUCAUGGCGGCCCGCUCAAGGGCCCUCCGACUGUUGGCAACCCUGCAACAACUCCGAGCCGUGUCAUCCAAGGUCAUGGAGGAGAUUUUCUUCGCUGGCCUCAUAGGGGACGCCACUAUCGAAUCUCUCCUCCCACACAUUCUGAGGACUGACACGUCUGACGUGAUUGUCAAUUCUUUCGAAAAGCAUCAGCUGAAUAAUUAUCAGAAUCAUGGGCAAUCUGGCGGUACAGUGUUGGAUUUGAGAGGGAAUGGUUCCUCUCACCAUCACGUGCACCACAAGAAGUUUUCUGCCAAAAUGACGAGUUCCAGGUUUGCCAAGCCCAGGACUCUGAAUGAAACUGUCGACAGGCUGAGGCAGAAUCAGUUGCAGAACCACCUCAGGCGCAGCACCAAUGAUUAUGGCUACAGUGGUGAUGAGGAGUCGCCCUCUACUCCAGAACAAGCUGAAGAAGAUGAAGGUCGACUAGUGAUUGGUGAAGAUGAAGACGAGUCCCAAAACUCAGACCCAGGUUCCAUGCUGGAGACCCAAGUCAUUGAGUACCCAAUGGACCUGGCUGAAGACAGACGUCCCAAUUCAUCCUAAAGAACGAAAAGAAAGAAACAACCCUUGAACCCCCCUCAGAAAGAGGGGAAAAAUAAAAUUGAGGGAACUUUUUUUUUUUUUUGUGUCAGCUGUGGAACCCAGUUUGUCAUUUUGUUCUGUGGGCAUUUGCUCAACAAAGGAAAGAAUUGCGUCUUUUUCCCCACACACACUCACACUGCCGCAGUUAUCUGUGAAAGUUUUUGUUUUGUUUUGGGAACCGUGUUGUUUGUGUGAAUGCUCGAGUCUGUGUCAAUUUUUUUUUCGUUUUUUUUUUACUAUACUGGGUCAGCAGCGGUCUUUUUUGACCUCAGCUCAUAACAGCUCAAGGCAACUAGUCAAGGACUAGGAACCCUCACUGUCUUAACUUCAAAUCAAAGCAACGAAAAGUCGAGUGUGCUUCAACAUUGUUUUUUUUUUACAUAUACAUAUUCGAGAGAAAAAAAAUUGUGUUGUAAUUCAUCCAAGAAGGCAUUUUUUGUGAAUUCUCCUGAACUUGAGAAGUGUUGGACCUCAGCAUGAGAAGAAAUGUUUUUAUUGCGUGAGGGAGGAAACAUUUGGAGCUUUUUUUUGUUUUGAUGUGUGAAAGUUGGCGACUUUUUGUUGAAAAAAUAAGGUGAAAGAGAAGCGAGAAAAUGCUGCAUGGAAUGUUAGGGCAGGUAUUUUUUU